AGUCCGUGUUUACUGGGCAGCUUUCGCUCCACGUUAGCGUCGUUGAUUAGUCCAGAAGUGGACAGCAAUAUAUCUUACGUGUUUAUAUCUAGCAGGUUUAUUCAAAUCGAAAAAGCACGGGAUUAACCACGCCGCCAUUGGCGCGAUUGUAUGAAGGCGGAAGGGCAACUGACACGCAUAGUAAUGACGAGCUGGCUAACGUAGCGCCAAGGUUAGCUAGCUAACAACACAACGUUAGCUAAGUUGUCACACAGCAAGCGGUGCAUCCACUACAGUGAGACAGCAGGAAUAAGCGCGGACCAUGGGUGCGGAGAGCAGCGCGGUGCGGAGCUGUACGCUGGAGGAGCCGCUCCUGACCCUGCCCUCCGGACUCACCAUGCACUCGGCGAUGCUCCAGGAUGGAAAGCCGGCAUCCGUGUUUGUUCACAAGCGUGGCAAUGAAGACAAAGUCAACAAAGCUGCUCAGCACCUGAAGACUUUGAGGCACCCGUGUCUGCUGCGCUUCCUGUCCUGCUCGGUGCAGGACGGCGGCAUCCACCUGGUGACGGAGCGCGUGCAGCCCCUGGAGCUGCUGCUGGACAGCCUCUCCCCGGAGGAGAUCUGCGCGGGAAUCUACGACAUCCUGCAGGCGCUCGUGUUCCUGCACGAGAGGGGCAAAUCAAGCCACAACAACGUCUGCAUUUCAUCUGUAUUUGUCAGUGACGAUGGUCAUUGGAAACUGGGAGGGAUGGAUACUGUCUGCAAGUUCUCUGAAGCCACGCCUGAGUUUCUCGCAAGCAUUCAGAAUGUGAGAGAAGCCAGCUGCGUUCCUCCAGAAGAGCAGGUCGAGGGCUUUAAAAUGUUUCCGGAUAACACUGCUCACUCUCGGGACUGUUACUCUUUUGGAAUGAUGGUGGAGACGCUCAUCUCUCUCCUGAGCAGCUGUGUGACACAGGAGCUGUCCGACAGUCUGACGAAGACCCUGCAGGCGGGCCUGCUGAACUCUGACCCCUUGUCUCGACCCCCACUCAGCUCCCUGCUGACUCAUGACUUUUUCAGGAAUGACUUUCUGGAAGUGAGGGAUUUUCUGAAGAGCCUGACUUUGAAGAUGGAAGAAGAAAAGAAUGAAUUCUUUAAGUUUCUUCUGGACCGGGUCCAGAGUCUCCCUGAAGAGCUGAUAGCUUCACGCCUUGUCCCCAAACUCCUCAACUCUCUUGUGUUUGCAGAACCCAUGGCAGUCAAAAGCUUCCUGCCUCAUCUUCUAAGGCCAAAGAAGGAUUCCAGUGGUGGUGGUAACGAUGAAGCGUGCCUGCUGUCUGUGUCUCUGUACCGUAAACACGUGAUUCCUCAGCUUCUGAAGCUCUUUAAGGUGAAAGAGGAACACAUCCGGAUCGUUUUGCUGGGUCACAUGCACAUCUACACCGAGUUCUUCUCCCAAGACGAGCUCAAAAACCACAUCCUACCUCAGGUUUUGUUGGGAAUGAGGGACACCAGUGACUCUCUGGUGGCCAUGACUCUGCAGAGUCUGGCGGUGCUGGUACCCUUGCUGGGGGCUCAGGUGGUGGUCGGUGGAGAGAGGUCCAAGGUCUUCAAACGCACUACACCCAACUUCACACGGUCCACAGACGUCACCCCCGAAACUUCACCUGUCCACAUAGUUGGAGGCUCCCACCCUCAUGUGGCCCAACCUUCAAAAGUCUUGAAUUUGUUCCCCAGACCACCAGCGACUGACGGUCUGGUCCUGGGUCACAUGGGCAGCUUAGCAGGUAGUAAGGAGACUCCACGAAGUUACCCGCUGCCAAUAAAAUCAGAUGUCAGCAGGCCGACGUCUCUACCUUUAAAUGGCUAUCGUCAGGACAGUGAGAUGGAGCCGCUGUCUUACAGCCCAGAGCAGACAGACAGACGAGAAGGUCCAGUGGAAGACUGGCCGGACUGGAGCGACCCUGAAGAGAGCGAGAACAGAGAUGGGCAGUCGGUCCAGAUCCACAUUCAGGCCUCGGAGAGAGAAGAUCCAGUCGGCAGCGGACUGCCGCACCCGAACAUGGAAGAGGAGCCGUGGGACGACAUUGAGGACACUGCAGCUGCCUCGGAUCUUUCGCCUACGGCUAUUUUAUCACACCCAGUUAUACUCGCAUCACCCAGAGGGGGCGCUACUACACCUGUUGAUCAUGCUCCUGAAGCAACGAGACUGGGUUCCUCCAAACCCCUCAGAUUGACCCCAGCACUGCAUCAAUCCACACAGAGCAAGACCGCGUCCUCAUUGGACCAUGGCUGGGCUCAAGAAGAGGGAGAGUCACACAACCCAUUGAACCCCAGACCCAAACCCAAAGCGCCACGAAAGAAUGGUGGCAGAGGAGGUCUGGGGGAGGAGUUCACCAUUAAGGUGAAGAGAAGGGAAAAGCCGGACCCAGAACUGGAUUUGUUUGCAGACAUGGUGCCGGACAUCAAACUGUCCUCUCCAGCUCUGCUGCUGGACGAGAGCAGUGCGAGUGAGGCUGGACUAUCUGCAGCCUCUUCAGGAAACACGAACUCUCUGCAGGUCGACUCCUCCAUCGAUACUGUAACGCUCACCGCCAAGUUUGCAGUCGACAACCUGACUGAGUCUGAAGCAGAUGGCUGGGGUGAUGGAGACGACCUGAACUGGGAGGAUGAGUCUGGUUCCUGGUGAUGACGUUCGAUCCGUCUGGAGCAACAUAACUUGACCACUGAGACAUUCAGUUGUUAAGAUGAACGUUGCUCCAGUUUUCAUUUGAUAGCAUGAUGCAGUAAGAACGAUGAUGGUUCCUCAACAUUAUUUUGUUAAGAUAACUUGUGUUAGAACUGGAAGGAUUAGGAUUUAAAGUUUAUCAGCAGAUGGACUCGGACAAAUGAAGCCAUUUUUAAAUUGUUUGCCAACUGGUCCGAGCCACCUCAAGAUGAAAGAUAAUCUGAGGUGAACGUCGUGUUAAUAUCGGUUUCUCCAUUCUUUUUAUAAACGUGCCAACUUCACUCCUGGCAUGGAAACUUAAGAUAUACUUUUAAGCGAGACAUAACUUGCCGAAAUUGCGUUGGGUUUAAAUUACAGAGGGGUUGCACUUUGAAUGAAUGUGAAAUUACGUAAUUUAUUAGCUUUGGUUGCUGGUGAAGUAAAGAUUUUAUUGUAUAAAAUAUGACCUUGUUUUUUAUGAGACAUUUAUUAGAUCUAUUGUGUUAAGUGAUUGCAAUUGCUACUGAUGGCAAGUACUGUACUUGGACUUUUAUAAAACAAGUCUCCGGCCAGUAUGGGUCUCAAUACAGGAACUUUGUACGGCACAAUUUCGAUAACAAAGUCAGUGAAGACUCCUGUUUGACUUAGUGCUAAAUACAAACAAGUUUAAUAAACAAUAUCAAUCAAAGCAGACCAUGGAAAGGUUUAAAAAGUGAAGAGUGACUUUUCAGCAGCAGUAAAGGGAUGUACGGACCUCACAGGCCUCUUAAUAUAGGUUAGGUUGUGCGUCUGGCUGUACUGAUGUGGGCUAUGAGGGUCUGGAGCUCCUGUAGUCUGGGCUCCAGCCAUUGUGGAGGUGGUGCUGGAACAUUGGCGGUGCCUUCGGUGAGAGCCUGAAGGGCUUUCAAAGCACUCGCAGCCGUCUGGAUGUAGCGGCUGUACUCGUCCUCUGCACUGGUCUCCUGCCGAGAUCUCUUUGGGGACGGCUGAGGGAGUAAUUACAGGGUUCAUGUUACAUUCUCACUCUCACAAUGUGAUUUCCUUUUACAGAUGAGGCAGAAAUCUUGCUUGUACAAAUUACAUUAUGUAAUACUUCACUGAGAAAUAUUUUGCUGAAUAAAUGAACUAUUUCCA